AUGCCCCCUGUUCCUGGUGUCUCGUUUGGACUCGACCGAGUGCUCUUCAACCCCGGCGUCUACCACCUACGUGAUCCCCGAUCUCGUGUUUAUAACUUCGACCCCUAUCUGGGCGAGAUCAUGCCCGUCUCAGAAUUUGACUAUGGCACACUGAAGCCAUACAUCACUUCUUCCAAGGACGAGACAGCUCUCAAACUGGCUAUGACGCAUAAGAAGAAAUACUACGGCUCUUCUUCCAGCAUGACGUCCGUUCUCUCUCAUUUCCAUUAUCUUCUCUCUAGUUGGAGGCCGAUCAACAUUCGCCAGAUGUCCUCAGGAUUUCCGGAUGAUAUGCGCAACUUCACUCGGAUUCUUCGAGCGCCGACUGCUAUGUUCCUUCGCUACAAGGAGGAGGAGGAUUCUUACGCCAUUGAUGCCGAUAAAGAAUACGACAGCGCAAACAUUCUCACCAAUCUGGGAAAAUCUAUGGAAAAGCUGCUCACCCUUCCAAAGGAAGAGUUUGAGCGUUACCGCCGUUCCAGUCCCAACAAGGUGACUGCCGAAGAAGAAAACAAUGUUCCUGAAUCAUACCACUACACCACUGCUGGUAAAUUCAUGAUGCGUUCACAAUUGGAUGCCUAUGAUCCCAGACUGCCAGGAACUGGUAUGUAUGAUUUGAAGACACGUGCUGUCACUUCAAUCCGCAUGGAUGUCAGGAACCACGACAAUGGAAUCGGGUACGAGAUCAAGGAUCGCUUUGGUAACUACGAGUCCUACGAACGUGAAUACUUUGACAUGAUGCGCGCCGCUUUCCUCAAGUACUCGCUGCAAGUGCGUAUUGGUCGCAUGGACGGCAUCUUCGUUGCCUACCACAACAUUGAGCGUAUCUUCGGCUUCCAGUACAUUAGCUUGCCAGAGAUGGACGACAGUCUGCACGGCACAAGUGACACGACUCUCGGUGAUCGAGAAUUCGAGUUCAGUCUCGGAUUGUGGGAGGAAAUCUUGGACAAAGCCACUGCCAAGUUCCCCAAGCAAUCCCUGCGCCUCCACUUCGAGACUCGCGCAGGCACGCCGCCCUUCAUGUACAUCUUUGCCGAGCCCGUCACAGACAAGCAGAUCAAUGCCAUCCAGACAUCACGACAGGCUGAGAUUGACGAGUUCAACGACCGUCUCUUCAACCCCGACCAGUCUCUUUCUCGAGUCAUGGAUCUCGGCGCUGCGCCACCUACCGAGGAUGUUCCUGUUGUUGAAGAAUCCCCCGCCAAGGAGCCCGCUGCCACCGAAGAUGAGAAGUCCGACGAACUCCUGGCCAUGACUCUCGUCAUCAAGAACAAGGUAAACGGCGAGAUUGUGCCCUGCCCACAAAAACUCAGGGCCCCCGACGAUUGGGAAGUGUACUACGAACUCAACGAACUGGCCACUGUGCAGGGCAGAGUUCUCUUGCAGUCCUUGAAGAAUCGCCGCCGAGACAUUUGGACUAAGCUGGACGAGGGUGAUUCUGAUUCGAACCCGACCAGGGACCGCUUCCUUCAAACUUUGCAGCGGUAUGUUCGGAGAGGUCGCAGGUUCCGCGAGAGGGAACAGCAGAGGGACUCUCAGGAGGGCAUUGUCUGGUAUGAGGAAUCGCAGAAGAAGUCUGCUUAG